AUGCAAGAAGAGGAACUGCGAAGAGGGCAAUGGCUCGAAGAGGAAGAUGAAAGACUAGCUAUGAUUGUAGCCAUUUUAGGUGAACGUCGUUGGGAUGCAUUAGCAAAAGCUUCAGGGCUGAGGAGAAGUGGAAAAAGCUGCAGAUUGCGAUGGCUGAACUACCUCCGCCCAAAUCUAAAGCAUGGUCAUAUAACAAGAGAUGACGAACGUUUGAUAAUUCGACUUCAGAAACAUUUGGGAAACAAGUGGUCGAAGAUUGCUAAAAAAUUGCCUGGAAGAACUGACAAUGAAAUCAAGAACUACUGGAGAAGUCAUCUGAGAAAGAAAGCACUAAUUUACGAACAAGAAUGCUCUGGAAAUAAUACGAGUAAUUCAGAACAAAAAUCAUCAAAUGUCCCUUCAUCUAACAGUGGUGGCUCUUUUUCUGAAAAAGGUGAUUGUUCCUCUGCUGAUUCUUUGGCAUACUCUUCAAAUGAAGUGAAAUUAUUGGAUUGGAUUCCAAGUUGGUCAUAUGAACAAAGCAGAAUGGAGCAUCAUAUGUACUUUUGCAGCUCAUACCAAUGUUCUUGUUAUUCUCCAUGGACCUCUGAAGACAAUACUAGCACUACAUGGGACAAUAGUUAAAUCAAUAGUAAUGUUUAGUUUUUUUUUUUUUUUCUUUCUGUAGAAAUGCAAAGAAUCUUGAUCUGUAUAUACAGCUUGAAUUGUACAUUCUUAUGGGGGAAAAGGAGAAAAAUAUCCAUUUUGGCCAUACUACUAUCUCUUCCUUUAGCUUUAAGUUAUGUGUACUAAUAAUCAAGUAAAAUAACCUACAACAAUAGGUAAAAAGCCAUAUCGAAACUAAAUCCU